GGCAUUCCUAUGUGAAGAGAGCCAGCGUGAAGACAUAUUUGUAAGAACCACAAGUGCCCAGGCCGGGAUACAGGGAAACAGAAAGUCGAGUAGAUUGCCUGACCUCAUGCCAUUUCCUGAUGUUUGGCAGUGCCACCGAGAGAGGAGUGCGGGUUCCCUCCUUAUGUGGAUUUAUCUUUUAAGAAAAUUUUGUUUGGUCCAGGACAGUUUCUUGUUGUGAGACACAUCAGACAAUAUAAUCAUGGGGCAAGCUGACGUCUCCAGACCGGUAAAUCCAGAUGCAGUUGACUUCUCCAGAGAACCCUGGGACAGUAGCAACAGAAGAAGCAGGCCAGCCCACUGCAGACCCAGGCAUGGUCAUGGACAGUGUGGAAGCAGGAGACACGACACCUCCCACCAAAAGGAAGAGCAAGUUCUCAGGCUUUGGCAAGAUCUUUAAGCCCUGGAAAUGGCGGAAAAAAAAAAGUAGUGAUAAAUUCAAAGAGACAUCAGAAGUUUUAGAGCGAAAAAUAUCCAUGCGAAAACCGAGAGAAGAGCUGGUUAAAAGAGGGCUUCUGUUGGAAGACCCUGAGCAGGGUGGUGAGGAUCCAGGGAAGUUGAGCCAUGCCAUGUUAAAGAAUGGCCAUACCACCCCCAUAGGGAGUGCCAGAUCUUCUAGUCCAGACGAAGGAGAGGAAGAGCCAGGAAGAAUAACAAGUCUUAGGAAACCAAUUCCAGAAGAGGACCCAAAGAAGCGACUAGGCUCAACUGGAAGCCAACCUAAUUCUGAAGCAGAGUCCGGUCCUGAAAAUGCACCCAAACAGCCUUUACUUCCCCCUAAAAGACCCUUGUCCUCUUCUCACGAAGCAAAUGAAGGACAAGCAAAGGAUGCCACUUCCUCUGGCAGCACGUCAAGGUCCAUCUCCUCCACCUCUACCGCCGCCACCACCACAGCACCUGCUGCCACCACUGCUGCCUCAAACCUAGCAAAAACUGUUCAUUCCUCUGUCCCCCCUUCCCCAGCACCCAGGACGCUGCCUGCUGCUCCUGCCAGCACUAACACUACUGCUACCCCGAGCCUCACUCAUACGGUCCCUGCCAAGCAGCCCCCUAUCCCUCCCCCUAAACCAGCUCACAGAAAUAGCAACCCUGUCAUUGCUGAACUGUCCCAAGCAAUAAACAGUGGUACAUUGUUAUCCAAACCAUCCCCACCCUUACCACCUAAGAGAGGUAUCCCAUCAACCUUGGUACCCACCUCGGAGUCUGCUGCUGUUGCUGCCACUACAAAAGCACCAAGUGAUCAGAGAGAGAAGAGCACGUGCUCUGUGGGCUCCGAACCACUGCUGAUGAUCCCACCUCCCUCUCCAUCCCCCCCACUGCCUACUCAUGUACCUCCAGAACCCCCACGGUCCCCUCCCUUCCCUGCUAAGACUUUUCAAGUUGUGCCAGAAAUUGAGUUUCCACCUUCCUUGGACCUACCCCAAGAGGUCCCCCAGCAGGAAGAUCAGAAAAAGGAAGUACCUAAGAGGAUGUUGGACCACAGCUUUGGGGAGCCCCAUGUACCCCCCAGACUGCCCCCAGUCCCACUGCAUAUUCGAAUCCAGCAGGCCCUCACCAGCCCACUUCCCAUGAGUCCUCCCUUGGAGGGCUCUCAUAGAGCUCACUCCUUGCUCUUCGAGAACAGUGACAGCUUUUCUGAGGACAACAGUACCCUGGGUCGGACGAGGUCACUUCCUGUCACUAUUGAAAUGCUGAAAGUUCCAGACGAUGAAGAAGAGGAGGAGCAGACCCACCCACCCGCGUUCAGUGAAGACACUGCAUCUACCUCAGUGGUCCCGAAGCUACCGCAGUGUCUGCAGGAGGAGGAAGAGAAGGAGAGUGAUUCUGAUUCAGAAGGUCCUAUUCAGUACCGAGAUGAAGAGGAUGAAGAUGAAAGCCAUCAUAGUGCUCUGGCCAACAAAGUGAAGAGGAAGGACACAUUGGCAAUGAAGUUGAACCACAGACCCAGUGAACCAGAGUUGAACAUGAAUUCUUGGCCUCGAAAAAGCAAAGAGGAGUGGAAUGAAAUACGACACCAGAUUGGGAACACACUGAUCAGACGAUUGAGUCAAAGACCAACACCAGAGGAAUUAGAACAACGAAAUAUACUACAACCUAAAAAUGAAGCUGAUCGUCAAGCAGAAAAACGAGAGAUUAAACGUCGGCUCACCAGGAAGCUCAGUCAAAGGCCAACUGUGGCUGAACUGCUUGCCAGGAAGAUUCUGAGGUUUAACGAAUAUGUGGAGGUAACAGAUGCUCAAGAUUACGACCGACGAGCCGACAAGCCUUGGACCAAACUGACCCCUGCUGACAAGGCUGCCAUAAGAAAAGAGUUAAAUGAAUUUAAAAGUUCAGAGAUGGAGGUUCAUGAAGAGAGCAAACAUUUUACACGCUACCAUCGUCCAUGAUGUUGACGUUUGAGAGAGGAGCUAAAUAACCCCCCGAAACAGGGCUGCUUUGCUGCUUCGGUCUCCAGAGUGACGUGGAGGGAACUUCAGCACUUCCGGCACAGCCAGAAUUGAGUCCUCUGGGCUUUAGUUCUGGGAUGAACAGCACUUCUAUGAAUGUAGCAUUUCACUGGAACGGAUUCUCAUGUGCUGCCUUGGGCAAAGCGAAACACUUCGUCAGUGCUUUUGAACCUUUUAAUAUUGCGGCAUACUUGAGGGCGUCUUCCCUCACCAGCCACCAACGUUCUGGGCCACGUGCAGGUUCUGAGUUUGAUUGGCUUCACCGCCCCCUUGUCCCAAGAUGACUGCCUGUGCCAUGGCACAGUUUGCACCGUUAGCCUUACCCUCUCUGUCCUGGUUGUGAGACCCACUUGUGUAGGUGCUAAAUUCCAGCUAUCCCAUCCAAUUGAUGGUGGAGAAAACCUUCUGGAGGCCCCCAGCCUUCUGGCAAAGGGGCCCCACCUCCGGGGGGAAGCCUUCGCACCACGCUGGCAUGUCAGUUGAAAGCGUUGCACCACACCUCUCAUAACAGCAAUAGAGCCCUCUUCAGGCAGUCCGGCCUGAGAGAACCUCGGGAUCUGACAUGUUCUCCCUUUUUGGCACAAGACAUCCUGAUUUUUAUUUGAAAAAUAAAAAAGGAUCCUGAAGAAGUGAUGGGAACUUAGAUUUUUCUUGUCUGCUCAACAGUCAGUGGCAACCAGAUUCCAAGUUGGGAAAAUGAAAAAGCAUGUGUUUUUUCUCUGUCAAAACCAAAACCAAAAAAGGCCUUUAUGUUAAUGCCACCUUGGCAGAAAACUAACUCAUGGCUUAGAUUUUAUAGGCUGUUGUACUUUUGUGGUACCAAAUGAUACUCUAGAUCAUUCGGACCAAUAAAUGUGUUCUCCAUAAAGCAGAGUUGUAGCAACUCUGUGGGAGCAGAGUGUGUGCUGUCACCACCCACACCUCCAGCCAGAAUCACAGUAAGGUCCUAGGACUGUGGGGUGCUAGAUAGGAAAAGGCAUUUGGAGAAGCACUUGACCCACUGCUCCCCUCUCCUCCUGAGUGCUGUUUGCCCUCUCCUGCUGCACUUUCCCUCUUAAGUCCAAACACUUGGCCUCCUGCUGACCCUCUCUGGCAGCUUCCACCUCACUCAGCCCUCCUCUUCCAAGCUGUAGCCAGAGUAAUUGGUGCCUGGGUAUCGGCUCAGCCCCAUCCCUUUUUGUAUUUGUAAUAUAUAUUAAUAUGAUUUCCUAAAACAGAAGAUUCAGUUGCUUUCUUUUUUAUUGAAAACUAUCCAGCCUCACUAUUUCCCUCUAAUUCCUAUCUACACUAAGUGGAAGAAAAAUAAUAGUUUCUAUUUAACUAAUGAAUGUGGCUUUUUCCCUUUAUUUUAAUGUUCAGAAAAUUAUGGCUAUUUCAUAGAUUUGUCUGAUUUCUUCCACAGUCACUGUUCUAUAUGCAAUCUUUCGGUAGAUUUUUCUCUUCCUCUCCUUUCAUGUCCAUGUAAGAUUUACUGAAAAAUCAGAAUAUCAGGUCAAAGCAAAAAAGCUAAAGUGACCUUAAAAGGCAGUGUCUUCUCUGUAUGGGGAAUAGGCAGGUAUUUGGAUUUCUCAGUGACUGUCAGAUGCUUUACGGUUGGGAAGAUAGACUGAGUCCAUGUCUCCUUAGAGCUCAUUAACAUUUGGUACAACUAAGGGAAAAUAAGUGACAGUUCUACCAAAUUUCAGAGGUCUAUAUAUAAGGUGGCCCCACAUUGCCUGCUAACUUGACUUCUUCUGACCGUUCUGUCUUGUUGGUUUGGAGACUGCUCGGCUUAUGUCAGUAUUCUCUGUGGCUUGAGAUGACAUUUCCAUCCCUUCCUAGACUGCCUUUCUUUGCCUUCAUGUGCCAAGCUUGAAACAGGAUUUGAUUUCCUGAGUGACCUGUCUGCUUUCGAUGUGCCACCAAGGAAUCUAGUUCAUCUUUCAUCUCAUUCGUGUUCUUUUGAAACAGGAUACUUUGGGGGUCAAGUCUUUUCAGGUGUUUAUAUAUAUAUAUAUAUAUAUAUAUAAAUGAUUUUGUGUUCCCUUCCCAUGUAAGUAACAAUUCACAAUCAUAAUGUAAAGAAAUAAAAGCCCAGUGUAUUGUACUUCACCCUGAUGUACAGAAUCUCCUUGUAAAAUAAAUAAUUGCAUUGUAUAUCAGUCUUCCUAUCAAUAUUAAUUAUUAAAGUAUUUUAGAAUUUAAAAAAA